UUUUAUUUUUUAUUUUAUUUUUUUUUGAAUAAAAAAAAACUUAAUUCUUGUUCUUUAUAAUAUGUCUAGUAUACCGAAACCAUCAUUACCGCAUAACUUGGGUAAACGACAAGCACCACAAGAAACGAAUAUUGUUCACGUAACCGUCACAGCGGCCGACACCGUUAUAUAUACCCAUACCGCCACAUCCUAUUCAUACAUACCGUCCUAUUCAACAAUUACCAAUGCACCAACAUCGUCAUCAUCAACCUUAUCUAACAAUGGACCCUCCCAAAAUAAGAAUCCUGCUGGAAUCAACAAAGGUGCAAUUAUUGGUGGAGUCGUCGGUGGAGUUGUUUUGAUUGCUUUAAUAGCAUUGGUGUUUUUAUUAAGGCGUAGAUCUAGAAGGAAGAAGGGAGUGGCACGACAACCACAAUGUGGCUAUAUUGACGAUACAGAUCCAUAUUAUCAAGGUGCAGGCGGCGGUGGUGUUGGUGGCAUGACAUCAUCUUCAGUUCCCGCUCCACGACAUUUAGUAGCUCCUCCUCUGGAAGACGGGCAAAAAUACUAUCACCAUGAAGGAGGUUAUUAUGACGAUAUCGCUACACCAAACAACGUAUUUCCGAAAGCCGCAUAUUAUUCGGCAGACAAUAGUGUGGAUACACUCACUUCAGGUGAAGUGCCUCCAAAUUAUGCACAAUUUAGACAAGUGCCCAACCAAGUGGAUAAUCCUGUUACUACUGUAACCCCAGUUAUGUCAGAAAGGCACGUACCCCAUUUAAAAGAGACAAUUGAAGAACCGCCUCAUUCAAGGGAUUAAAAGAAAUAUAUACAAACAUGCAUUAAAUUAGAGUCUAUGUAAAUAAAUAAAAAGUUUUUAUUAUUUUUUUUUUAAAAAAAAAA